GCCUGUUCUAGGACUCAGAACACACAAAGACAGACGCGGGCGAGGCAAACGUGUGAACGCGUCGUCCUUGUCCCGUAUGUUGCCGUACGUUCGCUGAUAGCGCGGUAGGUUUUGUCCUCGUGCUGCAGCAGCUUCGCUGAUCUGGAACGUUCCGCGCGCGUCUUUACCCACAACGCAGCGCGAGCCCGUCUUCCUUUUCUCCGCUCGUGAAGUGGCUGCGCGAGAUGUCCCUGCUGGAAGGUCCGUUAAACGUCCUCGGCCAGAGGACUACCGGCGAGUCCGUGCGGACUCAGAACGUCAUGGCCGCGGCCUCCAUCGCCAACAUCGUUAAGAGCUCGCUGGGCCCGGUGGGCCUCGACAAAAUGUUGGUGGACGACAUCGGCGACGUGACCAUUACGAACGACGGCGCCACCAUCCUGAAGCUGCUGGAGGUGGAUCAUCCCGCGGCCAAGGUCCUGUGUGAGCUAGCAGACCUGCAGGACAAGGAGGUCGGAGACGGGACCACGUCUGUGGUGAUCAUUGCUGCAGAACUGUUGAAGAGCGCAGACGAGCUGGUGAAACAGAAGAUCCACCCCACCUCCAUUAUCAGUGGAUACAGACUGGCCUGCAAGGAAGCAGUUCGUUACAUCAAUGAAAAUCUCACCAUUGGCACAGACGACCUGGGCAGGGACUGCCUGGUCAAUGCUGCCAAGACAUCCAUGUCCUCCAAGAUCAUCGGAGUUGAUGCAGACUUCUUUGCGAACAUGGUGGUGGACGCCGCCAUGGCGGUGAAGUUUGUGGACGGGAGGGGUGUGGCGCGCUACCCCAUCAACUCCGUGAACGUGCUGAAGGCUCACGGACGGAGCCAGAAGGAGAGCUUCCUGGUCAACGGCUACGCCCUCAACUGCACCGUCGGCUCCCAAGGUAUGGUGAAGCGCGUGCAGAAUGCUAAGGUCGCCUGCCUGGACUUCAGCCUUCAGAAGACCAAGAUGAAACUGGGUGUGCAGGUGGUCAUCAGUGACCCAGAGAAACUCGACCAGAUCAGACAGAGGGAGUCGGACAUCACCAAGGAGCGCAUACAGAAGAUCCUGGCGUCAGGCGCCAACGUCGUCCUGACGACAGGCGGCAUCGAUGACAUGUGCCUGAAGUAUUUUGUGGACGUUGGAGCCAUGGCUGUUCGGCGGGUGCUAAAGAAAGACCUCAAACGCAUCGCCAAGGCAACUGGCGCCACCAUCUGCUCGUCCCUGUCGAACCUGGAGGGCGAGGAGACGUUUGAGGCGGCCAUGUUGGGCCAGGCAGAGGAGGUUGUGCAGGAUAGAGUGUGUGACGACGAACUCAUCCUCAUCAAGAAUACGAAAGCACGUACGUCUGCCUCUAUAGUCCUGCGGGGGGCGAACGACUUCAUGUGUGAUGAGAUGGAGCGUUCCCUCCACGACGCCCUGUGUGUGGUGAAGAGGGUGCUGGAGUCCAAGUCAGUGGUUCCAGGAGGGGGUGCUGUAGAGGUGGCACUCUCCAUUUACCUGGAGAACUAUGCCACUAGCAUGGGCUCGCGGGAGCAGCUGGCUAUCGCGGAGUUCGCACGCUCCCUGCUGGUGAUCCCCAAGACGCUGGCGGUGAACGCAGCUCAGGACUCCACCGACCUGGUGGCCAAGCUGAGAGCCUUCCACAACGAGGCCCAGGUCAACCCUGAGCGCAAGAACCUCAAGUGGAUCGGUUUGGACCUGGUGAAUGGGAAGCCCAGAGAUAACAAGCAAGCGGGUGUGUAUGAGCCCACCAUGGUCAAAACCAAGAGUCUGAAGUUCGCCACCGAGGCCGCAAUUACCAUCCUGCGCAUCGAUGACCUCAUCAAGCUUUUCCCAGAGCAGAAAGAAGGCGGUCCUUCUUACCAGGAUGCCGUCCAGUCAGGCUCUCUGGAACAGUAAAGCCCACCUACUCGCUAUUGGCUGGUUCUGGCGUGGGCCUGCUCAGCCAUCUGUAUUUAUGAACAUCGCCGCCUUUCAGUUGUAGUGUAGUCUAUGCACUUCCUUGUGUGUGUUUUUGCUAGUGUGGCAACAUGGCUGUCUACUAUUGGAACUGUACCUAACAAUUUGGUUUUGCUCUCUUGGAAGGAAAUAAACAGUUUUGUGUGACUGAAA